UGCUGCAAAGUCAGAAAAUAGUGCAUACAGUGCUAUUGUGUAAUCAGAGAGAGCCGGUGCGUGUGUUGACUUACCUUGCGGUGACGAUAACUACAACGACGUUACGAGAAGUAUCUCUGGCUUCGACCGUUCGAUUGGAGAAUGGGAGAAAAGAAAGUGUGCACAAGUCAGACGGAAAGUUGAAUAAAACCAAACAGUGAUAACAAGUGAUUGUUUUGUAUGGCAACUCCCGGCGGUAACGGAAGAGUGCAUAAUACAUGUGUGUCUCUGAUAGCGUCACAAUCACUGCAAUUGGAUGUGAUUUCUCAACACAAGUUGAAUGAUUUCCGUCAGAGUUUUAGCAGCACAAACAAUAAGUGCUAUAUUUUGCCUGUUUCUGGUUCGACCGCAAAACUCGUGUUGUGUGUGGGUAAUAGUUUUUUUGCGAAACCAGACGUGUUAAUUGUACUAAUGUGAUGAUUGUUUUUGUGUACACAUCAAGUUUUAUUCGAAAUUGAAAAUAAAUCGAACUCACGGCUGUUCGUCGGCAGAGAGCUGGUUCCGUUUGUGAAUAAAUAUUUAAAAAAAACAGCAAGAAAUCAUGCCCUAGGCGUCGCCAUGACAAAUGUGUAUUUGAUGUUGAAUUAAAAUCGGAGUGCGUUUUUGUGACCUAUAUUGUGCGACGAGAGAAGAAAUAGCAGUGUGACCGAGGAGAAGCGACCACACACACCCGAAAGGAGCGCAACCCGGAGAAGACGUAAACGAAAAUAAGUUUUUAAAAUUCAAAAAAGUGUUCAUUUGUGCCCAAGGAAUAAUAAUCGACAACGUUGCGGUACCAGCAGCAGCAAAAGCAUCGUGCGGCUUUACACAAGAAGUCGGAUGAAAGCGUUGGGUCUUUGAGCCGGUCGGUGAGCGGUGCAAAGAAAGCUGCGGCAUAUUUCGUUUCCAGGAAGUACACGAUGUACCCCAGCUUUUACGGGAAGGGGCCAAGAACUGAACUAUCAUCUUUAAGUUAUCUUCUUGCGGCCAUCUUCCGCGCAGUAUCACGCCAUCGGUUCUAAGGAUCAGUUCGAAGUUGCGCGACCAUUCUACCUGAAAUCCGCCGCAAGUCAUGCCACGCUUGCAUUCAAAGGACGUGAGAGUUUGCCGAAUGUUUUUCGCCAAAAGUCUUGCUCCGGAAAUCAAUUCAAAUCUUUAGCGGUGUUUCAUUCGAGUUUUAUUGUGCCGGUCACUUUCGAUUUUGUCCGAUGACGAAACUGAUCGUGACAGUGAAAGAGAAAAAAAUUGGUCGUGAGACUUGAAGGCGUUUUUUCUACCAGUUUAUUAAUUUAUUAAAGUAAAAUAGAGAGUGAAAAGCUUUGGUUAGGCAGUUAAAGAGAGAAAGCAAGUGUCUUGGCUAACCUUGAAAGUGAUAUCUCGUGAACCGGCAGUGAACAUGUGGAAUAGGAUACAACACUACAGCUGAAAGAAAGGGCAGUUUUUUCCCAAACUGGGAAGAAAAGAAACGGUAAUUUAUAGUGAGAGAGCUCCAAAAAGAGAAACGCGAUAAUCGCAACAAGAGGAAAAGUGACAAGUUCAUUAAGAAAUCCAUGUAAAGCCAUUAAGUUAUAGAAGAAGACCCGUAGCAUUUCCUUGUUGAGCUCCGAAACGAUGCCCGUGGAUAGAUUGAUAAAUACGGGUGCUUAACGUGUGUGUGAGCAAUCGUACGGCAUGGUAGAAGAUUCGCAUUAAUUUCUACGUAUACAGGAAACGAUUCUUAUUGCAUUUUACAACUGAACGUGAAACCAGCUAUCGAUUCCAGUGCUCCGCGCUCGAUUGCUCUGGAACAAGGGAAGCGAUUAUUUCGGUUUUUUAAAAUAAAACAUGGUUUACUCCAGGCAGUAAACAAUAAGAUUGCCUGAUAAAAAUGCAAUGAGCUCGCAUAGUAUCGGAACAAUGAAAAAGAGAGCUAAAUUAGCAAUGUCCUCGCUAGCGCUUACUCUGCUGUGCUGCUGCUCUUGCAUGUUAGCUCUAGCGAGCGGCUUACCGAUUACUUCGAAACCACUGGACAGCAGCCCGGAUCAUUUGACCUGGCAGGCAGCGUGGUUGUCUGGAGAUUCACGUACCGCUGUCAUGGGAGGCAAAGCGAAAAAAAUACCGAAAUCAAUCUUCAUUGCGCCACAGUUGAAUGGAUACAAUGGUUCACUCUGUCCACCGGAUACGAAGAUCGACUACAACGGAAAGUGCAUCCAUGUGGUCAACAUUAACACGGCAGAUAUCCUGGUUACCAAGUUACAAAGCAUUCUAGGAAACGGAGCAGGAGCGCCGAAAAACGAAGAUGAUUACGACUACGACGAUGAUUCGUCUGGACCUUUCCAGGUAAAUCUGCCAUUGAGCAUAGAUCUGCCUUUCGAACAGCCGGCUUUGCAGUCUAGUCCUGUAGAAAACUUUUACGAUACAACGGUUGAGGAGCGAUUUCAAAGUCCGGCAAAAAAUAACGAGAAACAAUCACCCGAUGAACAACAGUCGACAUUUCUUGCCGAUACGAGCAAACAGCCAAUCGAUCAAACACCAGCCGAAAGUCACACCGAUAUUUCAUUUGUUGCCUUUGAAAGUUUGCCGAAUGGAACACUUUCGACACAGCUCGAAAUGGACGGAAAUAAUGGUACCGUUCUUCAGAACAUUUUUCUCACAUCCACUCCAAUUAGUCCAACUACCGUUACUAUGGAUACGGUCGACGCAGACUCUACUAUUUCUGCUAGCACGAACAGUGUGGCGAAUACUGAUACUACCUCUACUGCUUUAACGACGACAGAAUUGGUCAGUGCAUUAACUACUGAUAUAGCAUCAUCUACAGAGAGCAGCUCUCUGAUGAUCUCCUCUAUCAGUUCGGCUCGUAGCGAAAACCAGACUAUCGAUGGUUCAUUUUCUUCGACUACUCAACUUUCAGAUAAUGACACUACUGAUGAUGAUCUUGAAGGUUUGAAAACGGAACUUGCUGAAGAAUCGCUAUUGCUGGAAACUAGCGCAUUUCUCACAACAGAUAUGCCGUCGACAGAUGUAUCAGAUGUUGAUACAGAGCAUGGUGGACAAUUUAGUACUGGAUCGACUGCUGAAUACGGGAGGCAUAAAAAUACAGAAAAUGCUGCUCUUCAUGAGAUUAGCACGAUGAAAGUGCUGAUCCACACAAUGUCCCCAACACCGCCUCUUACUGAUUCAUCUAAACCGGUUGAAAUUGUAACACCAUUACGAACAAAGUGGUACGGCCCACCAAGUGCUACACCCUCUGCGUUUAUUGACGCAAGUUACACUCAGCAAGACCGCACGACGAGGGCCACACCAGAGACAACAACCGUGGCGCAGCAUCACACUUCAGAAACGCCUUUGCUAGUGCUAGUCAACGAUACCGAUGUUGACAAAAAAAAUCGCGUCAGUAUGCAUCGGCAGGAAAUGAAAGAAAACCUUCGCGAAACGAUGGAUACUAACAAUCGUUUCGUCUACCACCAUCUAUCAGCACCAUCUCCUCCGUCAAUCGUUGCUUCUACAACUACCGAGCACAACUACAUCGACCAACUUCGGAAAAUUAACGAAAUCAUUGCCGAAAACAAGCAACGUGACCAUUCUAGAAUCCGCUUCCCAACCCAUGACGAUGACCAGCAAACAUCUGCAUCCAACAACAACAAGGUGCGCUUCCCUGGCUCUGUUUCUAACCGCGGGGCUCAAUAUGCCAACCGACUAUCGGACAUAUAUCCAAAGAAAACUUCAGAAAGCACAACACAGCGACCACCGUUUUGGUGGCUACCUUCUGGUUGGGAAGUUGAUCAGACUGGGCAAAAGCCAAUGUUACUCAGAUUUUGGUCCCGUAUGCCACUAGUGCGAGAUCAAUCGAUCAGCACUAGCACCAGCAGUAGCAAUGACGCCAAAAGUUCAAGCAACAGGUGGAGAUCUGCAUCGGUUAGCUCUACUGGUUACACUCAUUCGGCUUCUGUUGCACCGAGAGGCAACUCUAGAAGUCCCAGCGAAAACUUCUACAAAGAAGUUUCGACACAGGACAUCUACAAGGUGUUAAACAUGCGUCAGCUGAAGCACAAAAGAUAAAACCAGCAACUUCAUUUCGUGGUAGUUUCACAUCAGCUUUAAGUAUUAUUUAAUUGGAGCACAAUUGUGUAUAAACAAAACAUAAAACUAGCGGUACUACAAUUUCCUAUCUAAGGAUGCCCACCUAACCCUUAAAAGAAGAACGCACACAGAAAAUUGGCCAAAUGUGAGGAACACUAACCACUACAAAACUUUUUUUCUCGUUUAUUUCAUGACAAUUUGCAUAGCACCUGUGAUAUUUUACCACUUUUCGCUUUAAAUAAAACAAACUCACAAAAACACUGCUGUUCAACUCUUGCGAAGGGAUCUUAUUUUAUCACGCGAUUGAUAAAAUGUGCAAAUCUUUCAUUUUAACGUCUAUUAUUCCUCACAUUUCAACAAUGUUAGAGAUUCGUGUGCUACGAGGCCCUAACUCAGUAUUUUAUGUUAUCGCAUUUCAUUCUAUUGUAUAUAUCUUAGAUCUGUUUGCGUUUUGAAAAUGUAUUGUAAUAACUUGCUAAUAAAAAAGUUUUAUAUUCAAACUGUUAACGGACGUCAAUCAUCUUAUUGGAAGCAAAAUUCGCGUAUUUGCAAACUAUUUAUGAUUGUAGUGAAAGCCAAUCAAAAACUGGAUUGUGAGGAAUAGUUACAUAUAUGUAUGUGCCAAAAAAGUAAUAAAACUGUAUUUUUGUACUGGCGUUGAGUAAGUAGAAUACAUCACUGCAAUUGGCUAGGUCGCGUGUUUCGCCUUUUUAUCAUAUAAAAAUAACGCAAACACCUUUUUAAACUAUGUACUACUUGACGCUGCGUCUGUAAAUAUACUUAAAUCAGAGUGAAUCAUCAGUAGCUAUGUUUAUCGAGCAUUAUUGGUAUACGUCUGAGUAAUAAAUGUUUAGCGUGUAAAUUGUUAAUCCAAAUAAAAUAUUUAAUUUGAAACUUAGCUAUUAGUGGAUAAUCCAUUUGUCUAUUACACAAAACAAAAUAACCCGCAAAAUAUGCGGUGAAAUAGUAAACCAACAAUCAAAAAAAGGAAACAGAACACAAGAUUAGGAAUGUCGCUGGUAGUACAGUUUGCUCUAUCUAUUUUGCUUUCUCAGAUCACUUGACAGUUAUAUACCGUUGUAAUCGAGUUUUUAUACCUUACAUCAAUAGACGAAUUAUCUAAGAAUACAUCACAGGAAUUUUCAAACCCAAUUCAAAAUAUUUUCAAGGAUAUAUGUACAGCGCAACGCAUAGCUGCGCCACAUGAUCGUGGUUACUCACUAGGCCACUCGGUUUUUUAAAGUUUUCUUCACAUGUUGCUUUAAAAAUUCUUUCGAAUUGGCGUGAUAGAUGACAAAAAAGUUAUUGAUCGAUUAGAACAAACCGAGGGUUAUUUUCUUCAAAAUCGAAAUAUUUUUAUAGCACAUAAAAGUCACAAAUUCCAAAAAACCAUGGAAAAAACUUAUGAUUUCACUAACCUUCAGAUUUUUCAGGUUCAAUAGAAGAUAUACUUAUAUAAAUUGAAAAUGUUUGUGGAUUCAUUGUUUUAAACUAGAAUUACGAGCUGCACUUUUCCCAAAAUUAGAUACUACAGUAACGAGUCGCUUUACUAAAUAAACCUUAUCUCCGCACUUUUGGAAAUUUUUCAAAAAAAAUUAAUCUACCUUUUCACACCAAUUUUCCAAAAAAAACUAGAAUUUCUUUUUCUCUACUAAAAUUAUUGCGAAAAACAGCUUCGUGUUUGCUCCCUUUAAUGGCCGUUCUAUUUAUAGUGAAAGAGAUAGAGCAAACUGUAUCACCAGAGACACUAUUAAACUUGUAUUUUGUAUUUACUAUGAAUAAUGAUGCCCAAAUCAAAUAAAACACAUGUUCACACAAAUAUUUGCCAAAAGUUUUACCUUGUAUUAUACUAAUCGUUUAAAAAAUAAACAUGUGAAGUAGUGCUCAGAAAAGCUUUUUCAAAACGGGAGAUACAAAUUUCGAUAAAAAGCAGUGAAAUAUACAGGCAAUCGAUAGCUGACCGUUUCUAAGUUGAUCAGAGAUCAUUUGAACAAUUGUGGUAUGA